AUGGGCUUGGGUCUUCCAAGCAGAGGCAGCUCAGUGGCAGCAGCAGCAGCAGCAGCAGCAGCAGUGGCGGCGGCAGCAGCAGUGGCGGCGGCAGCAGCAGCAGGAGGGGAGGGAAGGGAAGGAGUCAACAUCUUCAGCUGCCAGUUCAGAUUUUCACGUUCCCUUGAUGGUCUGUGGCUUGUGAUUCUCCCCUGCGCCAGUGGUCCCUUCCCUCCACUUGCGUGCGUGGAGGGGAGGGGCGCGUGGGUCAACACCGACACUCUCCCACGCCCCUCCCCUGUGGCCGUGCAGGUACCCACGGGGAUGGGAGGGCGGCAGCACUGCAGCAGCUUGCAGUUGGUGCCACGAGGGAGAGUAUCGGGGUGGGCUGGCCUCUCAAGGCUGAAAGUGGGAGCACUGGAGCAAGGACGGGAUAGUGGAGUCCUCCUCCUCUUUCCCUUCUCCCUUCCCUCCCAGCAGCACACUCCUGGACCACAGAGGAGUCUAUCCCUCCCCUAA